UGUGCGUAAAGUCAACGGGUUUGUUUUCGAUCAUGGACGUGAGUCAGUACGAUCAUACUGUGAUUUAAACAUCUCUGUGGUCAUCGAGGUUGACGACGGGGCGACUGGGUUACCGCGGCAGUAUUUUGAUAAAAGGAGGAACGUUUUUUUGUUUUUAGCGUUUUGUAUUGGUUUUGCUGUAGUCUGUUGUGUUUUUUUUGUAUGUGUGAUGGACGCCAUUUUAGGUUGGUCACACUAGCUGCUAGCACAUUGUUUCAGGCCUUGCUUCAAACUACGUCAGUUUGUGUUUUUUGUUGUUGUUGAAUUUUGGACUACGCCGAACAAACAUUUCGGAGGAACUCAUUUCGGACACCUGGGCGACGUAAUUGACUGGACUCUACACGUUCAACCAUACGGACACUGUUUGAACUGUAUAUUUCUUGAUCAGAGUUGGACCUUACGGACAGCUCACGGCUAACCGCCAUAUGGUCUUGGGACAUUGAAUACUCGCAGGAGAUUUUCUGGCUUCUUGCUGGGAAAUUCCGUGGACUUAAAUCACUUGCGUCAUAAAGAUUGCGUGUUGCAUUUGAUCACAGUCUUUCUGAACACUUGCUAUUUUCAAAUCGCAGUUGCUAUUCACGUGAGGCAGAAUCCACACGACCUCCUUAGUGGAGACCUUUUGAUUUAACAAAAGAGUGUUGAGAUGAUGAGCAAACAUGGCUAUUAUUCUUAAACUGUUAAGCUGAUAAACUGCUAUUGAGUAAGGUUGAUCGCUGGGAGAGCCCACGCGAUCGGACGAGUUGUAGUUGAUUUUGGUUGUGUGUGGUGGUGUCUGACCACAAGGAUUGUUUAAACAUGUCUUGUGUCCAUUACAAGUUUUCCUCUAAACUUAACUACGACACGGUCACCUUCGAUGGCCUUCACAUCACGCUCAGUGAUUUGAAACGCCAGAUCAUGGGGCGAGAAAAGCUGAAGGCCGCGGACUGCGACCUGCAAAUCACCAACGCUCAGACUAAAGAAGAAUACACUGACGAUGAAGCCCUCAUUCCUAAAAACUCGUCUGUCAUCAUUAGACGAAUCCCUAUUGGAGGGCUUAAGUCGACAAGCAAAACAUAUGUCAUCGAUCGUUCUGAACCAAGUGGAUCUUCAAAAGCAAUUGAUUCUUCAUCCAUUUCACUGGCCCUGCUUUCAAAGACAGCCAAUCUUGCUGAAACAAAUGCAUCAGAGGAAGACAAAAUAAAAGCAAUGAUGUCUCAGUCCAACCAUGACUAUGAUCCAAUCCAUUAUGCAAAGAAGCUUGUUGGUCCACCUCCACCAAACUAUACAUGCUUUCGUUGUGGGAAAACUGGACAUUACAUCCGAAACUGCCCAACAAAUGGGCAGGAUAGAAGUUUUGAGGCUCCUCAACGGAUAAAAAAAAGCACAGGAAUACCUCGGAGUUUCAUGGUGGAGGUUGAUGAUCCAAAUAGAAAAGGUGUCAUGUUGACAAACAGUGGAAUAUAUGCCAUUCCUACUAUUGAUGCUGAGGCCUAUGCCAUUGGCAAAAAAGAGAAGCCACCAUUCUUGCCCCAGAAUCAGUCCUCAUCCUCAGAAGAAGAAGAUCCAGUACCUGAUGAGCUGCUGUGCUUGAUCUGCAAGGAUCUUAUGACAGACGCUGUGGUUAUUCCCUGCUGUGGAAAUAGCUACUGUGAUGAGUGUAUUCGAACAUGUUUGCUUGAAUCUGAAGAACAUGUUUGCCCAACCUGCAAACAAUCAGAUGUAUCUCCCGAUGCCUUGAUUGCAAACAAAUUCUUGCGCCAAGCAGUGAAUAACUUUAAGAAUGAAACUGGAUAUACCAAGAGGAUUCGAAAAGCUGCAGCUACUCAAGCAGUUGCACAAGGAGCUCAAAAACAGGCUCCUGCUCAACGGCCACCUAUGAGACGCCAGCAGGACCCUCUGAUACCCAAUGUUCCAAGCUCAGCAGCUGAUAGCACACCUCCGCAAAGCACACCUGCUGCCCCUUUAUCUCCUGUUAGCACUCACCAGCCUUCCAGCACCCCGCCUUCCUCUAGCGAUUCUACUGUACACAGCAGCACUGCACCUGCAGGGUCAAACUAUAGUCCUGUGGUGAACUCUCCUCCGCAUUCUACUAAGCAGGAUGACCCUCCUCCAUCCAAAGAACCAGAGGCCCCACCAUCUGCUGUUGUACCUUCAUCUGAGACAUCCAUGCCGACAAAUUCUGCUGUUCCAAAGGGAUAUCAUGUCCCUGUAAUCGGAAAACCGAAUUUGCCUCCGCAGCAUAUGCACAGACCAGGACCCCAAAGGAGUAGUGGACAAAGGCCAUCUGGAGGUCGUUCUGGAUGGGAUCCGUCCACAAGUAGAGGUAGACCUCAGAGUGAGAGGCCGCCAAGAAUACAGCCUCCACCAGUGCAAAAUCUUCCUCCUGUAGUACCUCCAGUAUUUGUGCCCCCUGCUCUUUUUCCACCUCCUCCACAUCCUAUGCCACAGCCACCUGUUGUUGUUCCUCAGCAAUAUCCCAUACAAUUUCCUCAAGGACAGCAGCCGCCACCUCCUUCCUUCAACAUUCCUCCUCCUGGAUUUCCACCUGUUCCACCUAAUGUGACUGCUCCGUGGGUGCCACCUGGCCCUCAGCCACCUAUAGCCAACCCUAUCUCUGCUAUGCCAGCUGCACCUUUUCUAUCCAAGGAGGAGUUUUAUCGUCAGCAGCGUCGACUAAAGGAGGAUUCCCAAUGUCGAUUCGUUACCAGGGAGAAGUCCAAACUUGAGGAGUUCACCAAUGACUUUGCCAAAGAGCUUUUGGAGUAUAGAAAAAUUCAGAAGGAGAGAAGGCGAUCCUACUCGAGAUCCAAAUCCCCUUACAGGGGUUCGUCCUACAGUGGCUCUUCAUAUUCCUAUUCAAAAUCUCGCUCUCGUUCCAGAUCACCUCGCUCCUAUUCUCGGUCACUAUCCCGUUCUCGGUCAAGAUCCCGUUCACGGUCUCGUUCUCGAUCACGCUCCUUCUCUCGGUCACCAUACUCCCGCAGGCCUCGAGGUCGAAGUCGUAGCUAUCGAUCAAGGUCACGCACUCCAACAUUCCAUCGUUCUCGCAGUAGAUCUCCAUCAUAUAGAAGUCGGGAGAUGAGUGGGGUGGUAAGUGGCAUCUACCGUUCCCGCUCUCGAUCCCCUAUGUAUAGAAAUCAUAGUCCUGGCAAGAAACUCCCACCUCCAGCUCAAAUGGAAGGUGAGCGCAAAUACACAGGGAGGUACAGAGAGCUCCCUCCUUAUGAUGCUAAGGCUUAUUAUGGCCGAAACGUAGACCAGAGUGACCCUUAUGAAAGAGAGCGAUACAGAGAGUGGGAAAGAGAGUACAGAGAGUGGUAUGACAAGUAUUUCAAGAAUUAUAACAACCCACCAAGUGGUCAAAUGCGAAGCCGUGUUCCAGGCAGCAGAGAUACCUAUAGCCCUGAGCGUUUUGCUCCUCCUCGACCCAGAGAGAACUCACCCUACAACAGGGGACGCCGGGAGGAUUAUCCACCACCACCUCAGAGCCACAGUGCCCCAUCAAGAGGCAGAGGUGCCAUGACAUACCAAGAGAAGUGUGCUGAGAAGUUUGGCCACCUUCAUGCCACUACUACUGGAACAGGCAGAAGUCUUAACAAAGAGUCUUUGAAACCUAUCAAAGAUCGAGAACCAAGUGGCAACUCAGCCACAGACUCCAAGUCUCUAAAGCAUAAGAAACAUCGCAAAAAGAAGAGAGAGGAUGGUGACCUCUUUAGCCACUCAGACUCAAUGGAUGAAUCCAGGAAAGAUGAUCGUAAAAUGGACUCAAUGCUGAUUAAUUCAAGCCGAGAUGAUGCCACACCUGUGAGGGAUGAACCCAUGGACGGUGCUGCAGUGCCCUACAAGAGAACCCCUGAAAAGGAAAGAAAAGAAAAGACUAAAAGUAAAUCUGACAAAGUUAAGCGAAAAUCUGAAAGCAGUGGGCAGAAAAAGGAAGCAUCAGGAAAGACAUCAAAGUCAGCUAGAGAGAAAGAAUCAGAUGCACCACGAGAGAAGGUAGCUUCCACUGAACCAGCCAUUAAGAGAGUCAAAGAAGAACCUUCCCAUAAAUCUGAACCAAGCAAGACUCAGUCCUCAGACCCCAAACUCAUGCUCCCACGCAAGUUAAUGCAGUCUAGGCCCAUUAAACACCAUCAGGAGCUGAAGCCCAUCAAAGAUGAGAUUAAAAGCAAGAAGGAUUUGGUGAAAGACCCUGCAAAGCAAGACAAAGCUCCUGGCAAAGAUGGAAAGGCUUACAAAAAAGAGCCAGAGAAACCUGUUAAAAUGGAGGAGAAGAUGCCUGCCAAAGUAGUUGAUGCCAAACAGGAUAAAAAGAAACGAAGAGAUGACAAGUCAUCUGUAAAAGAUCCAGAUGUUCCUCCUGUAAAAGUUGCAAAAAUGGAAACCGAUGUCAUAAAGUGCUCUCCUAAACUUAAACCCAAACUGGAGAGUGAAAGGCCAGUUGAGAAGGACAAACCAGCUAUUCCCUCUCUUCUAGAUAUCAAGCCAGAGCCUGUAAGGAAAAUUAAAAUCAAUAGGGAAAUUGGCAAGAGAAUAUCUAGCACUGAUCGUCCAGUUUCAGCUGAGGACUCUGCUCAUGCCCCUGGAAAAGGCAGGCUGGAUAAGUCAAGAGGAAAACUGAGGAGGAAGGUACAUGCUCCGGAUGGAUCAGGGUCUGUACUGGUCGAUUAUACCAGCACCAGCUCUACAGGUGGAAGCCCCAUUAGAAAGCAUGAGGAGAAGAUUGACCUAAAGAAGACUGUGGUGAAGACCCUAGAAGAAUACACCAAUGACAGCUCCACCCCUGCUGAGGAUGAAAUUGUAAUGAUACAAGUGCCCCGUUCCAAGUGGGAAAAGGAGGACUAUGAAUCUGAGGAUGAUGAUUCUAAGGUUCUCAACAGGACGAGCAGUGCCGAUACAUCUGUCGCUGCUCCUUCAGUGGAGAACUCUACUGUGAAAUUAUCUGGCAAGGAGUCUCCCCAUUCUGACAAAGCCCAAUCUACCUUGAAAGAGGCUGAUGUUACACCUGCCAAAGACUCCACCUCAGGUGAUAAGGAGAAAGAUACUGACAAAGACAGAGAACGAGAUAGAACCAAAGAAAAAGAUCGCAGCAGCACUACAGAUCGUGAGUCAACCGAUAAAAAGAAACCUAAUCAGGAGAGUGUACAUGCACAGGAGAAAGGCAGUGACCAUGGCAGUGAGCGGAGCUCCUCUUCCCAGUCCUCUAGAGAUAGACAGGCUGAUAGGGCUGAACCAACCUCUAGAAAGCCAACAGGAAGGGAGACGACUACGGGCCCCACCAGUAGGAAACCAGAGCAUAGAGAGGAUACAAGAGACCACUUAGGCACAAGAUCUAAAGAUGAGAAAAACCCAAUCAGGAGAAUACCAUCUUCCCCACCAUCAAAGGUGAAGGACUUGCACAAAGACUCUGGGAGAAAAAAUCUUGAAGUACCUCAGGAGUCACAAAGUCCAAGUAGGACUAAGAGAGCACCACCUCAAAAUGUGUCUGAGCCAAAACGAACAGGUCCGGAGGACCAGAGAGAGAGCCAGUCAUCUAGACAUUCUGAAGUGCGUCCCAGCAAAGACCGGGAGCAUAGGACUCCACAUAGAACUUUGACUCCUGAGCCAAGGACGGAUGCGGAGAAAAGUGCUCCACAUGGGGACCAUAUCAAAAUCCCGUCUGCGCGCUCUACAAGACUGUCUUCAGAUUUAGCACGGGAAACGGAUGAGGCUGCGUUUGUCCCUGACUACAGUGAAAGUGACAGUGAGGCCUCGGACAUUGAGAGCAAAACAGAACAGAAAGGAAGAGAGCGGGACAGCAGUGGCAGCCAUAGUCCAAGCCCGUCUGGAAGCCACGGACACAGCAGCAGCCCCAGUCCCAGCUCUCCAGGCAGCCAGGACAGCAAAAAGAAGAAAAGGGACAAAAAGGAGAAAAAGGAAAAGAAGAAACACAAAAAGCACAAAAAACACAAAAAGCAUAAGAAACAUAUGAGUAACGAGUCUGAAUCAGAGCUCAAGGGACAAAAACACAAACAUAAAAAAAAGAAGUCUAAAAAGAGCAAGGACAAAGACAAGGAUGACAAGGAAAAAGAUGAAAAUGGGAGAGAUGAACAUAAGACAAAACUAACUGUUUAAUUCAUAGGUUUAACCGUUGAUUUCACUUGAUCAUCUUUAAAAAAAAACUGCUUAAGUACUGUUCAGCUUUCAUGAGAAUUUUUCAUUUGUUUAUAUGAUUUUUUUUGUUGUUGACCAAGCUAGCCUCUCCCGUCAAUGGAAGAGAGUUACUACUUGAGUGACAGGUUAUUUUAUUUUGGGUUCUGAAUUUUCAUUAGUAUUUUGGUUCUCAUUUAAAAUUGUUGCAGAUUCUUUUUACAUCAUGGUUUUGCAUUAAGGCUUUUGUAGAGGAAGCACUUUAGAAAUGUGAAUGUGAUUGCAGAUGUGCAAAAUCUGCAGAGUUGCAAAAGCCCUUUUGUACCUCAUCUCUUGUACAAUUUGAGUUGGAGAAAAACAUAUCAUUGACAGUAUGAAAAUAUUGUUACCAAGGUAACGAGAGAGGGGUGUCCAGACGUCUUGGAGCGCUGAUUUACAUAUUGUAUGUUUUUGCACUGUGAAUAUUUCCUCUACUCUUUCAUUUUAUUCUUCAACUUCACAAGAGUAAUUUAAAUUAUCUGCUGAAAUGGAAUUGCAUAUGUUUUGAAGAUAAUAAAUUUUUCAGCAAAUAUAAAUUCUCAUGUUGUUUUUCAUGCCUUAAUAAAGACUGUUUCAAGUUGA